GAAAAGCAUGCAGCUAUUCUCAACAACCGCCGCUUCCUGUGCUCACUUGACCCUUCUCCUCCUUUCGUUCCAUCCAGGCGUGCCCUUGUUUCCUGUUUCUGAUUUGCGCUAUAUUGGAGCAUCUUGAUACCUGUUGAGGAAGGAGAGUUGCCAACCAGAGAGCUAGUUCGACCGGCCCUUUGAUUGACGGUCCAUGACGGACUACUUGAACUCCGUCUCCCCUUCUUCCUGCAUACUGCAUGCCUUUCUGUCAUCUCUGCCUAGGGUAUUCUUCACCCAUCCCUCAUUCAUAUCUGCCGCAUAUGCCUUACAUAUCUCCUGCAUCCUUCUUUAUCGCCGCAAGACAGAACAACAUACUUGGUCGUUGUCAUUAUAUCAGGGUCUUGACGUCUCCUAUAUUCACCGGUGCCUACGAUCCGCGUCUUGACUCGCUCGCACACCUUAUACCUUUCACCCUAUCCAUCUCAACAUAGUGCUCUGUCCCGCCAGAUACAAAGUACAACAAAAGAUACAAAGUACAACAAAAGAGUUUGAAGCAAUGGCUCCCGAUCCUGAAGCGGGUAGCACACCACAAAAGGGCGGAUGGCGGUUGUUUGGACGAAGUUCGACUAGGGAGCAGGACAACGCAGAGAUCCCAGGGAGGGGAAGACUGCCAAAAUGGAAUAUGGGCAUUUUGAACGAUAGAGAAACCAUUGAAGUACCAGGCUCGGUCCUACUACUGGCCGCGGACCAUAACGAGCCCCUUGGCCUGCGGAACGCACCUGCGAGAACUUCCCAUUCAUCAAUCCCAACCGCCGUUAUUCGGCCUCCAGAACCCCCACAGGAUGAAAAGAAGAAAACGAGUGACGGCAAAAUCAUUCUCGAACCUCAACCAGAAGAAUCUGCCAAUGACCCCCUCAACUGGCCAACAUGGCGCAGAGAUUCCGCCCUGCUCUCCCUGGGCCUCUUUUGCAUGGUGGGCGGUGGCAUGACCCCUCUCCUUGCUGCUGGCUUCACGGAUGUGGCCAAAGAGUUUGAUGUCAGCGUCUCGAGCGUAUCACUCACGACAGGUCUCUACAUGCUGGGCAUGGGCCUUGGCUCCGUGAUCUUCUCACCUACAGCUAUCCUGUACGGUAAGAGGCCAGUGUACCUCUUUGGGGCUCUGUUGUUCGUCUUAACAUCUGUAUGGUGCGCCGUUUCCAAAAGCUUCGUGUCUUUGGUGCUUGGAAGAAUCUUUCAGGGCAUCGCUGUGAGUCCGGUUGAAUGCCUUCCGUCCGCCACUAUUGCCGAAAUCUUCUUCCUCCACGAGCGAGCUUAUCGAAUUGGCAUUUAUACGCUGUUGCUUCUUGGCGGAAAGAAUUUGGUUCCUCUGGUUAGCGCUGCCGUGAUCGAGAGCCUGGGAUGGCGCUGGACGUUUUGGGUUGUUGCCAUGGUUGUUGGUUUCUGCGGGUUUCUGCUGUUCCUGUUUGUCCCCGAGACGUUCUGGGACAGAGUGCCUCAUCCAAGGAAAAAGUCCUCCAGACCAAACUUUUUCCGCCGCAUGUCCUCGAAACAGCACAUUCGGCGUUCGGACGCCGCAGGCGUCAGUGUGCCACCCAGCGCUCUACCCAGCGCUCGCCAUAGUGAGGAAGGCCCGACUCCAGCACCGGCGGCUAACCAUCGCCGAAACGUUCACGUUGGAUUUGCUACCGACACCGAAGAGCAUCAUGCGCAAAAGGAUAGGGAAGCCGCGACACGACAAGAAAUCUCUGAGAAAUCCGACGAGCUCCACGAUCCGAGUGUCCCCAUGACAGCAGGUAUCCUCGCGGAAGAUAGCCAUGCUGCACGUCCCGAGCUUAUCACUCAAGAUCCUUCAUCAUCUGAUAACUCGACAAAGCCCCAUGUCUUCUACAUGCCCGACAACAUCGAGAAGCCAAAAUCUCCUUACUCCUCAGAGAGGUUUGCCAGACAGGAUCACCAUGAAACGGAUACCGAGUCCCAAUCAGUGGCUAGCUCCCGCGCGGUGGGUAGCAGAGUUCCAUAUACUGCGGCCCUGCGUGAUCAGCCCGCAAAGUCGUUUGUCCAGCAGCUCAAGCCCUUCCAUGGUCGCUUGAACAAGGACAAAUGGCACAAAGUAGCUAUCCGGCCGCUCAUUCUUUUCUCUUAUCCAGCCGUCCUCUGGUCAGCCAUCGUCUAUGCAUGCUCAGUCGGAUGGCUUAUUGUGAUAUCCGAGUCUGUGGCUGUCAUCUACCGCGAAGGCCACUAUGAAUUCAAUGCCCUGCAGACGGGUUUGGUUUAUAUCAGUCCCUUUGUCGGUGGUAUUCUUGGCACGGCUGUGGCGGGCAAGGUAUCGGAUGUCAUUGUGAAGGCGAUGGCCAGGCGCAAUGGUGGCCUCUAUGAGCCAGAGUUCAGACUUGUCAUGGCUUUACCUGUGGCCAUCACCACGGUCAUUGGCUUGAUGGGUUUCGGCUGGUCCGCGCAGUUGGGGGACCACUGGAUUGUGCCGACCGUCUUUUUUGGUGUUGUCUCGUUCGGAUGCUCGCUUGGCUCAACAACCAGCAUCACCUUUUGCGUCGACAGCUACAGACAGUAUGCGGGUGAGGCCCUGGUCACGCUCAACUUCAGCAAGAACAUUUUCCACGGUCUCGUCUUCAGCUUGUUUGUGACCGGCUGGCUCACGGACGACGGACCCAAGACUGUUUUUAUCUGGAUCGGAAUCAUUCAACUUAUCCUGCUCUUUUUGACUAUCCCGAUGUACAUCUACGGAAAGAGAGCGAGAAUGUGGACGGUCCGGAAAAACUUUAUGGAGAAGUUCUAGGUGAACUUCCGGAGAGUCAAAUACACUUGAGGGCUAUUGUCAAGGUAGACUAUGGAAGCCUUGUGAGCGGUAACCUGUCACCGAUUGGUGAGGUUAGUCAUGAGUAUGAUUAAUGAUCAUGUCAGGAAGGGAGUUAUAAGGUGCAUUCAUUGAUUUGGUUGGGAUGCUUGUACGGAUUUUGCAUGAUACCAUCUUAGUAGCGUUUGCAUAUAGCAGUUUAUGGACAUUAUUUACUCGACGUCUAGAUGGG